AUGGCCAACUUAGAUAACAACUUGCUAACCCUGAAUCUAAAAUUAGCAAAUUCCAUGCAUAACGAGGACUGGGACAAAAUAGAUAGACUUUCUUGUGGAACAAUGGAAGCGACAAGGGAUUCUGCAACCAGGAGACAAAUUAAGAAAUUCAAUGACCUUCUAACUAAGUCAAGUGAAUCUCCCAGCACUGAUUUGUCAAGGACUGUGGUAAACCUGUCUCAGCGGAAAUUAUCAGCAGAAGAAACGAGCAUCCUCUCGAAAGGCGGGAAUUUCGCAAUCACACCGGACUCUGUACCAUUUGAAGACAUCAUUGCAAACAUCGAAUCAGGAAUUCGUAACCUGCAAGCAGAUGUCGCAAAGGAAAUUCGCACAGAAAGUGCCAGAAUUUUACGCCGGGCGAAGCCACCGAAGAGUAAUGUCUCAUCGAAGGAAAAGAGAGCAAUUAGAGACCUCAAUAAAGACAUAAGCGUUAUAGUCCUUCCAGCUGACAAGGGGAACGCGACUGUAGUACUAAAUACCGUAGACUACGAAAAGAAAAUUGGUGAUCUGCUAGACCCCAAAACAUACAAAAAGUUGCAACAGGACCCAACCUACCGCAUCCUAAAGAAAACAAAUACGUUAAUCAAGAAGUCAUCUAUCGAACCAGAAAUCCAGCGAAAACUAAGCAAUUUGGAGGCAUUACCACCAAGAUUAUACGGAUUGCCAAAAAUCCAUAAAGAGGCAGUACCCUUGAGACCCAUAGUUAGCGCUAUAGGUUCCCCGACUUACCAUCUCGCCAAGCAUCUAACCAAACUACUUGAACCACUCAUAGGGAGGACAGCAUCACACAUCAAGGACUCGACUCAGUUUAUACAGAAGAUCAAAAACAUCACAUUGUCACCCAAAGACAUAUUAGUGAGCUUCGAUGUUGUUUCUUUGUUCACUAUGGUGCCAGUCAAAGAGACUUUGGAUUUAAUAUCUGCACGUUUUCGGAACGAUGUCACAGAACUUUUCCAACACUGCUUAACCACCACUUAUUUCCAAUGGAACAAGGAGUUUUAUGAACAAGUUGACGGUGUAGCCAUGGGAAGCCCAUUAAGCCCGGUCAUAGCAAAUUUUUUCAUGGAAAAGUUUGAACAGCAGGCAUUAAAUACUGCCCAAAAGAAGCCCAAGUGUUGGUUCCGCUACGUGGACGACACAUUUGUAAUAUGGAGCCACGGCGAAAAGGAGCUUCAAAUCUUCUUGGCGCAUCUCAAUUCCAUUAACAAUAAAAUAAAAUUUACCAUGGAGACAGAAAAGGACGGCAGGUUGGCAUUCUUAGAUGUGCAGGUAGAAAGGCGACCAAAUGGAAAAUUGGGUCAUAAAGUUUAUCGAAAACCCACUCACACGGAACGUUACCUGAACAAAUUAUCUAAUCACCAUCCGAGACAGAAAAUGGGGCUACCAUUCGGGCCAAUCUCGAGCCCCCCAAUACUAAGCUCCACGCCAAAGACAUCCAUCGCACUCACCAACACAUACCUGCGAGACGCAGCAGUGAAACCGCACGACACCCAUUGGGCCAGAGAGCCGUAUAAGAAGCCGAAAAAAAAAAUUUUUAAAAGAGGUUACUACAGCGGUAAACAAGUCUCGUGUAUUAGCCCUCACAACAGCCCACAGGAUUACACCUCCACCACCAAGCGAAACCGACGCACGCGGCCGCGCAAGAUCAACCUGGCAUAA